AUGGGUGAUCAGGACGCUCAACGAAGGAAUUCUACGGAGCUAGCACUGCAAGCAAACGAGAGCGACAAAAAGGAAGAUGAGAGGCCACAAUUUAAGAAGCAAUAUUCCAUGGAUGAUAGGGCUGGCCAUGCGCUGGCGCGAACUGCCCAAGAGGAGUUGAAGGAACUACAUAGACGGAGGCAUAAAGGCUUCCACAAUCCAAUUGCAAUGCAUUCGCCGGAUGAUCCGAUACCACCUUUUGCACAGCCGAUCAAGCCUCGCAUCCCAGGUCUGCAUAGAACGCCCAGCAAUGUAUCUAUCAAUUCGCAGCAGUCACGGAAAAGUUCAAGAGCCGGUUCACUUUUCAAGAGGCUAGCAGGUAUGAAAAUGACGUCUACAGGUGGCCCGGAUGCCCCAGAACAAGAUGUGGGAGCUGGUUCUGCUGGCAUACGGCGCAAGAUGAGCACAUUCAUUCAUGGUGGUGGAGUGGGUCCAGGAGCAAGUUCAGCACCUGGCGUAACAAAUUACUCAGCAGAAGGCAAACAUAGUAGGCACACGUUGUCGAUGCCGUCGGUUGUCAGUAGUAGAAGGGGAUCCGCUGCUAGUGUGAUAACCUCUGGCAGUAACAACUCACAGCAACCUCGCGGAGCCACUCCACAAAAGUCCGAAAUGCUUGAAUCAUCUGAUGUAUCACAUACAUCACCCAGAAGUAUCAGUCGUAGCGCAAGCUAUUUUCUACUAGAUACGGAUCUAAACAAUUUAUCGGAUAUUACAAACAUAGCACCGCCUGGUCCUGCUCAACCAGAGCAAGACAAGGCCUCUACACCUACCCGUAAAGCGCAGGACCUCACUAAGGCAAUAGUUACUGCUGACAGCACUGCACCACAUGAUGUAGGACACUCCAAGGCUCAAUGGACGGCACCAGAAAGCUGGGAUGUUGAUGAUGAAAUAGGGAAAACGCUUUCGCUUAAGUCUAAGCGUCGGCAUCACCGUCAUCAUCGUCAUGGUGCUAAUGAUUCUUCUUUGAAACUUGAGCACUCCAACUCUGACUUACAUCAAAAACCAGCUGGUAAAAGCGAGCCAACAAAAUCUCCCAUUCAGCCUAAACCUUCUGAGGCAUCAAUAAGUAGACAACAGUCGGCAACACCGAUUAUGUCACGCCCAAUGUCACCCGUUAGUGUGGCGAGUAGUACAGCCAGCAAGGGACGCGAUCCAAGUGAAACACUUUCCACGCUCAGCGAUUAUGAAGACGACGAGGAUGAAAUCUCCCAUCUGCGGGCAGACUCCAUGGGCUCUUUACGGACAAAUGAAUCUAACCUUUUAAAGCAUGAUGAGGAGUACGAUAGGGCUGGAUAUCAAUUAGAGAAGUAUUAUAAUGAUUUCAGCGACGUGGAUCCGCAUAGACGUUAUGCAAUUAGAAUUUUCAACGUAGACGACACCUUUACAACUCUAUCGUGUACACCCAAUACCACUGUUCAAGAAAUGAUUCCUCAGAUAAAAAGAAAGUUUAACGUCGGCCAGGGAAAUUAUCAAGUCUCUUUGAAGGUAGCCAAGAUGCCCAAAAUCCUGAGACCCACUGCAAGACCGAUUCUUAUCCAAAGAAGAUUACUUUUGUUAAAUGGCUAUAUGAAAAAUGAUCCGUUGCAUAUUAUGGGAAUAGAAGAUCUCAGUUUUGUUUUCAAGUUCAUAUUCCAUCCGGUAGCGACUUCGCAUCUAACGUACGAGCAAGAACAAAAACUGAGUAGAGGUGAUUUUGUACACGUUGAUUUAAGGAGCAUGGACUUAACAACACCACCAAUCAUAUUUUAUCAGUAUACUGCAGAUAUUGAGAGCUUGGAUGUUUCUAACAAUGCUAAUAUUUUCUUACCACUAGAUUUCAUCGAGAGUGCUAUUAAAUUAUCUAGUCUAAGAAUGGUUAAUAUUAGAGCUUCGAGAUUUCCCUCAAACAUUACAGAAGCAUAUAAAUUGGUCUCCCUUGAUUUGGAAAGAAAUUUUAUUAAGAAGGUACCGACUACAAUUUCAAAUCUGAACAAUCUAACAAUUUUGAAUUUACAAUGUAACGAAUUGGAUAAGCUCCCUGCUGGAUUUGUCUCAUUGACAAACCUGCAGCUUUUGGACAUCUCAUCUAAUAAUUUCAUCAAGUAUCCAGAAGUCAUCAAUUAUUGCGUAAAUCUCCUUCAAGUUGAUUUGUCUUACAAUAAGAUUCAAAGCGUUCCUGAAACUGUAAACCAAUUGACAAAAUUGGCUAAGAUGAACAUUUCUAACAACAGGCUGAUAAACAUAUGUGAUUUAUCGUCCAUGAAAAAUUUGAGAACUCUCAAUUUGAGGCAUAACAGGAUAAAUUCUAUGAGGCUGAAUGCGCCUAACUUACAGAAUUUAUUUUUAACAGACAACAGAAUGAGUGUCUUCAAUGAUGAUCUGUGCAAGCUUAGAACGCUUGAAAUCCAUGAAAAUCCGAUAACCUCAAUUACACACGAACGUGACUAUUUGAUGAAUUUAACGAGUUUAUCUCUAAACAAGGCAAAAUUGGUCAGUCUAACGUCCGAACUUUUGAGUAAGCUUCCACGUUUGGAGAAGCUGGAACUAAAUGAAAAUAAUUUAACUCAAAUUCCUUCCGAAAUAGAAAACCUGACAAGGCUAGUUUACUUGUCGGUGGCAAGAAAUAAAUUAGAAAGCCUCCCAGAAGAAAUUACAGAACUGAAAAAUUUGAAAACUUUGGAUGUGCACUCGAAUAAUUUGAGCAAUCUUGUGAAAGGUAUGGGUAAGAUGGAACUCACAUAUUUUAAUGUUUCUUCAAACUUGCUCGGUAACUCGCUGGAUAUCGAGGAUACAUUUUUAGAAAGACGUGGGUCCAAUUUGGCAAAAAGCCUUCUCUUUUUGAGUAUGGCUGAUAAUAACUUAGGGGAUCAGUUUUGGACUUUGUUCAACAUGUAUCACAACUUGAAAACUCUGAAUUUGUCGUAUAAUAAUUUUGUUGAUCUCUCGAGUUUAAAAUUGGAGAAUUUGUCAGAGUUGUAUCUUUCUGGUAAUAAAUUUAUUACUUUACCGAGUGACACAGUUCUUAGAUGGAAGUCCUUGAAGGUUUUGAUGUUAAACGGGAAUAACUUACUUACUUUGCCGUCUGAGUUAUCUCAGCUGACUCAAUUGAACGUUAUUGAUGUAGGUUCAAAUCAACUAAAGUAUAAUAUUUCCAAUUACCAUUAUGACUGGAACUGGCUGAAUAAUAGAGAUUUGAAGUACCUAAAUUUCUCUGGCAAUAAAAGAUUUGAGAUCAAAUCUACGCUGGAUCAUGAGAGUAGAAAAGAUUUUUCUGACUUAACGGUUUUAAAAGAAAUAAGAAUAUUGGGACUGAUGGAUGUGACACUCAAAACUUCGAAAGUUCCGGAUGAAAGCGUAAAUUUACGGUUAAGAACUACCGCUUCUAUGAUCAAUGGAAUGAAGUAUGGUGUUGCAGAUACUCUUGGACAAAAAGAUUCGGUUACAUCGAGAGAUGUUACAUUUGAAAGAUUUAGGGGCAAAGAAGACGAAUGUCUGAUUUGUCUUUACGAUGGAAAAAAUGAGAGCACUAGUACUGGUCACAAAAUUUCAAAGAUUAUCAGAGAUAUUUACGAUAAAAUUUUAAGAAGGCAGUUAGAAAAAUUUGGUGAUGAUGACGACGGCAUCAGAAACGCUUUACGAUUCAGCUUUCUUCAACUGAAUAAGGAGAUAAAUGGGAUGCUCAACUCAGUCGAUAAUGAUAAUCAGGAUGUUGGAUUCUCAUCGGCCGAUCUGCUGAGCGGUUCAUCAGCUACUAUUUUAUUCAUGAAAGGGAAGAAAUUGUAUACUGCAAAUAUCGGUGAUACGAUGGCGAUUCUCUCGAAGACUAAUGGUGAUGUUGUGCUCUUAACGAAGCUUCAUGUACCCUCUAAGAGAGAAGAAUAUGAAAGAAUACGCAUUUCGGGAGGUUAUGUUAACAAUGAUAAAUUAGAUGGGGUCUCUGAUGUUUCCAGAGCCGUUGGUUUUUUUGAUCUGUUGCCUCAUAUUCACGCGUCUCCAGAUAUAUCAGAAUUUACUUUCACGAGCUCAGAUGAAAUGAUCAUUAUUGCGACAAACAAAUUAUGGGACUAUCUGGAUUAUGAAACGGCGUGUGACAUAUGUAGAGAGAACAAAUCCAAGCCGAUGUUAGCUGCUGAAAAAUUGAAAGAUUACGCUAUUUCUUAUGGGUGUUGUGAUAGUGUGACCAUCUUAUGUUUAUCUCUCGAUAAAAGCGCAAGCAGUGGUAAUAAUUUUACCUUGAACAAGCACGAUUUAAUAUCUCGUCGGAGUACUUUCGAAGACACAACCUUGAGGAGACUACAACCAGAAAUCGCUCCGCCUACAGGGAAUCUCGCGAUGGUGUUUACGGAUAUUAAAAACUCUACUUUCCUUUGGGAGUUGUUUCCAAACGCUAUGAGAAGUGCAAUCAAGACCCAUAACGAUAUCAUGCGUCGGAAUCUCCGUAUUUUCGGUGGUUAUGAAGUCAAGACUGAAGGUGAUGCAUUUAUGGUUGCAUUUCCCACACCUAUAGCAGCACUUGUAUGGUGCUUAAGUGUCCAGCUCAAACUGUUGGAUGCGGAGUGGCCGGAAGAGAUUACUUCUAUACAGGGGGGGUGCUUGAUUACGGAUAACUCUGGGAAUAAGAUUUACCUUGGUCUUUCCGUUCGAAUGGGCAUUCAUUGGGGUUGCCCUGUACCUGAACUGGACGUUGUCACCCAACGUAUGGAUUAUCUGGGGCCUGUUGUCAAUAAGGCCUCCAGAGUGUCUGGGGUUGCUGAUGGUGGGCAAAUAACACUGAGUAGUGACUUCUGCUCUGAGUUUAAUAGAAUUAUGGCUUAUCACGACCGUGUUAAAAAUGGCGAACCUUUGAAAGAGGUAUAUGGAGAAGCUCUAGUGGGUGAAAUUUUAGAGAAAGAAAUACAUCUAUUAGAAAACAUAGGAUGGGUAUUUGAAGAAUUAGGCGAGCAGAAAUUGAAGGGACUUGAAACAAAAGAGUUCAUAACGAUAGCCUAUCCAAAGAGCGUUGCAGCAAGGCACGAUUUUAUGAGCAGCGAGACAGAGGCAAAUGUGAUUGGUGACGAUAUUCUCUUCCAAUUGAGAACAAUUUCGAACAGGCUAGAAAGCUUCAUGUCCCUUUUGAACGGAGGACUCAUCGAGAAAGAUGGUAUGAACGUUUUGGGAGGGUUCGUGAACUUCGAUUCCAAAACCAAACAGGCUGUCCUUCAAGCGGUAGCUGAAAAUGAUAGAAUAGAUUUACUGGAUCAUAUUAUUACAAGAGUAGAAUCAAUCGUGGCAGUUCUGCAAAUUCGUCAAAGGAUGGAAGGUGGUCUGAGACUUUUGAAAACAUCUGAAGGUCCUGAAAAAUCAGUUUAUGAAUUGGUUGAUCAACUUUUAGCAGAAGCUGGAAGGUGA